ACAUAUCUCGUUGUUUCGUGAUGCUAAAGAAUGCGCAAUUCGAAUUCCGUUGUUGAAAACCCCGUUUGACAGCUCACAACACCUCGAUAUUUUAUCUUCAACUACUAUUUCUCCCCUAGAUUAAUCUCUUAUUAAUCUUGACUCAUUGAAAUUAAUCAAAAGUCCUCAGGAGAAACAUUCUGAAACAUCUCUUCACCUAAUCGCACAAAAAGGACGUCGUUGAAUAAACAGAAUCGUGUUUUGAAACGAUGUUUCGAAGGUCAUGGAAAGGCAACAGCGCCACCUUGGAAGUACUCGGAGAACAACUCAAUGGCCUCGUGCUCGUAUUGUUCAGGUUACGAACACUCGAACGGUUACUGAAUGAUUAAGAAACAAGAUGAAGGUAGGAGUAUAUAAAUACCGGGUUGACUCGCUCGAGAAAACAAAAUCUUCCUCCUUCAAUCUCAUCCAUUACAUCGAAUCUUCAUCACAUCUUCAUCAAUAUCUAAAGUACCUUUGCACCAUUACACCACCAUAACUAUCAAUAACAUCAGGACACAGAUCAUCGAUUUCCCAUUACGAAAACUUCGAAUCACCAUCAUGUCUUCAUUAAAACAUUUCGAGAUGCUGGAGGACGAGUUUUUCAUUAACGACCAGCGGCGCAAUAAAACUCAGCGCACAAGAGUUAAGGGUCUUAUUCAACGUUCGGAAUACUGUCAGCAGGCCCUUGAUCACAAAAAAGACACUUUCAGAGGUGACGACAAGCCCCUUGAUCAAGAAAUCAAAGCCGCCAGAGAAGACAACGAACUUCCUGAGACUUUAUCUGAUUUGAGCAUGUAACAACUUGGAAGACGGCCUACUUAUGACAGUGUGCUAUUGAGGCAUUACGAUUCGAAUCCACCAUGCCUUCCAAAGCCCAAGCAAAAGUAACAAACACCUGCCAGAAAGAGCCUAGAUUGGAUUACUCGGUUCACUGCCGUUGAUGGCUAUUGUUUAGUUGUGGAAUUUGCAACAAAUCGACAAGAAAUACCACAAUCAGGUGAGC